AUGACCUUUCAACCUCCUGGCGCUGCUCCUUUGACGGAUUGCGACUUUCCCACACCAAAUUUAUAUGAGUUGGCUCUAAUGCUUGGCGCUGAACCUGGACUGGAUGCUUGGUGGUGCACAGUGGUUCAAAUAAUGAAGGAGCAUUACAGGGCUGAGCGGGCAACGCUUUCAGUAUCGGCUGAUGCGACGGAUCUUGAGAGUGUGCCUUGGGCCCAGAAAGCUACUUACAACCCCAUGGAAGAGGACGAAUACAGCAUGGGAUAUAUGGGGAGGAGCAGCAUGUUUCCAAGCAGUGUGGAUGUGUCGGAGACGGCAUCCAAUCUGGCGGGGUCCCAACGGAGCGAUAUGCCGCUGCGACCAGGAAUUCAGAGUCAGCAUUCCUUCACGUCUUACGAGAAUAAGAAGGAGUCAAGAGCAGCCCAAUCUGCAGAAAGCCCAAGCACCACACCGCAGAGACCUGCUGCAAUGCCACGGAAUAAUAGCUACUUCCUAGCUGGCGAGAAACGAGUGCUAAGUUCACCUCGGCCUGGUCUUAAUAAGCAAGCGCUCGAAGAGCACGAUGCCAUUGAACAGCAACAACCCAUUCCAAGUCGGGGGGCACCAGAACUGGAACUUGAGGCCGAUCCUCUCAUUGAUCAUAACGGUAUCAAGUGUGUCAUCGAACGCGGCAGAGUCAUUGCUGUGACUCGCAGUUACCCACAUCUUGAUCCCGCCUUCGACGAGAAAUCCAAAAAGAAGUCAAAUUGGCCCAACCCCACACGAAUCCAAUCAAGCGCGAAGUUAUCUUCCUUUCUGGCCACUGCAACAGAGGCGGGGCCACCCAAUCAGAGUACAACGGCAACAGGUGGCGACAGGAUGUCCAAGCGGUCGAAUUUGCUCACAGCACUCGAUGACGAAGAACCUCGUCCUCCAACACGAAGAUAUGAGGAGUACGAACAAGCGCCACCAUCUCCCUGGUCGCAGCUCCCGACACAUUCACCUACUGUCCAGGUAGACCCCUCAGAAAUUCCCUUUUUCACGGAUGCGAUGGUGGAUGAAGACUUGUUCAACCCGGGUCGCAGUCCUAUUGAUUACACCAACAGUCAACCUCCCAAAACUAUAGGCGUGGACAAUUCGUGGACUGUUCUUCAUAUCCCAUUAAAACAUAUAUUACUCUCGAAACCAGUUAGAACAUUCAACCUGGAAUCAGCGGCGUUAGCACAGAAGACUGCUUCCCGUGGUCGUGCGGACGCGACGGCAGUAUGGGGCUUCUCCGAGCCGCCGUCUCGAUCCGACUUACCCGAAGAUAGUCGUCAUUACCCUAUAGCGAUCUUAUCUAUUUUGAGUCCUCUCAUACCCUAUCCGUCAAACUUACGAUAUUCUGUAGAGCACCUGGCUUCCCAUCUUGCAACAUCGUUCUCGCUGUGUCAGCACUACUCCGACUUAGAGACCAAAGUAUCUGGGCUGCAACGGAAAAGACCCGCCACAGCUGGUUUCGGUGCACUUGGCCUUGCUGGGCGCCCUUUCGCGGGUCCUGUUUUAUAUGCACAGAUGAAGUACACGCCAUCAGAACAUCCAUGGCAACAAUCUAUUGCUGGGAGCAUGACAAGCCCCAGUGAGGCAUCAGGUGCAACACGCAGUGCUGCUCAUUCACCCGAAGGAUCAAUCGAGCGGGACCCAAACUCCUUCGGUUUGGUCGUGGAAAAACGGACAACGAGCACAAGUCUUGGUAUGGUUGGUGGUGGCGGCUACUUCGCCGCUGCCGCUCAGUCAGUAGCUGCAAGCCAAGAUGUCGCGCCAGGCACCCCUGGCUACCGCCCUGGACGAGGCUCUGAGGACACUCCGCCGUCGCUCAAAACACCAAACGGACAGACAGGCAGUGGACAGAGCAUUCAACCAAGUACACCUGCGGGCGUGGACUUCGGCAGCGCUUUGCAUAUUCCCCACGAAAGAACAUUUCCUUAUCCCGCACAGGAACAAGCCGCCCUCGAGGAGAUCGGCCAAGCCCUGCUCGGACCCAAUAAUGGGCAAAGCAGUCAGAGACACACGAAAUUGCACUCAUACGGUGCUGAUUUUGCCACAACCUUCCAGUCCUUACCGUCAGGUAGCUGGGUAAAUCAAAUACCGGCGCGGGAAGACAAACUCAGCAUCUUGCCUCCCUCAGAUAGGUUGCAGGGUCUCAUGUUGGACUCCUUACCGGUUCAUGUCUUUGUGGCCUGGCCAACCACGGGAGAAAUAAUGUGGGUCAACGGCAGAUACCUGUCAUAUCGAGGUCAGACUGUUGCUGAUCUCAUUCUCGAUCCUUGGGGGUCUGUUCAUCCUAAAGACCGAGACGACUAUAUUCAAAAGUGGUCUCAUUCGCUCCGUACAGGCGAACAGUUCGCAUACACCGUUCGCCUUCGUCGCUUCGACGGUGUUUAUCGAUGGCAUCAAACCCGCGCUGUUGCAUCAAAGGACAAACGGGCAAUCACUGUCUACUUCAUUGGCUCUUAUAUGGACAUCCAUGAUCAAAAAGUCGCCGAGUUGAUGGCAGCUCGGCAGGAGGAGAUAGAAGCAUCUGAAGCUAAGCAUCGCUUGUUGGCCAAUUUGAUCCCCCAGAUCAUCUUUGCUGCUACCGAGGAACAUGGAAUCAUUUUUACAAAUGAACAGUGGCUUUCGUAUACCGGACAAAGCUUUGAAGAUUCGCUUGGGUUGGGCUUCAUAGACUUUGUCCACCCCCAAGAUCUGGCAAAAUGCAGGAUAUCAUCAGAGAGGUCGGGCAGUGGCUCCAGCUUCUCCUUGCCCUCUGCGGACCUUAGUGAGCUGGUAAAGAAAGGCAUUAUCAAGGUGGUAACUGAUAGCACCGGGCGUCUUUCAUACACGACUGAGCUUCGGCUCAAAUCUAAGCUUGGAGAAUAUCGCUGGCAUCUAGUCCGAUGUGUGGAGACUAAUAAUAUCAACUUUGGCACCGGCGAGUGCUCCUACUUCGGCUCUGCCACCGAUAUCAAUGAUCACAAACUUCUCGAGGCCCAACUCAAAGAAGCGAUGGAGUCGAAAGCACUCUUCCUCAGCAACAUGUCACAUGAGAUCCGGACACCUCUGAUAGGCAUUUCGGGCAUGGCCAGCUUCCUGCAGGAUACGGUUCUCAAUGAAGAACAGAGAGAUUACACGAAUACGAUACAGACCAGUGCAAACAGCUUACUCAUGAUCAUCAACGACAUUCUAGAUCUUUCGAAGGUUGACGCUGGGAUGAUGAAACUGAACUUCGAAUGGUUCCAUACUCGCUCCCUCAUUGAGGAAGUUAACGAACUUGUCUUUACGAUGGCGAUAACCAAGCGACUCGAGCUAAACUAUGUUGUCGAGCAAGACGUGCCUUUGUGGGUCAAGGGUGACAAAACCCGCAUUCGUCAAGUGUUACUCAACGUGAUUGGCAAUGCUAUCAAAUUUACCAGCCAAGGCGAGGUUUUCAGUCGGUGCAAGGUUACACAACGCCAAGAGCAAGGUGAUCACACCAUGCUGGAAUUUUCCGUUGUUGACACCGGUCGCGGUUUCACGAAAGAGGAAUCCGAGCUGAUCUUCAAGCCUUUCAGUCAAAUCGACGGAAGCAGCACUCGCCAACACGGUGGUAGUGGUCUAGGUCUGGUAAUCUCGCGACAACUUGUAGAACUCCACGGUGGGAAAAUGGAUGGGACUGCUGUACCGGGCAAAGGCUCGAUAUUCACGUUCACAGUCAAGUUAGGUCUACCAACAGCGACAGAUCAUCCCAGUUUGCCGAUUACACCGCCUGUCGCACCUUUGACGCAAGCGACUUCGGAGGAAAGCUCGGCAGCAGCGUCGAUGGUGCGCCCGUUCUCAAUGCAAAAGGUCGCAGACAGCCCAUCCAUUAGUAGUCCCUCUUCAGAUGCUAGCGUUGUCUCCCAAACGCUUACGUCCUCUGCGAGCUCUGACCCAUCAGUACGCUCGACGCGAUCAUCCAUGUCAUCCCUUAACAAUGGGUUUGUCCAUUUCAGCGAAGCUGCCCAGGCAAGCGGCCAGGACUUGUCGCAAAUGAAGUUGGAGAUGCCUCUCGGAGCUUUAGCACCAUGCGACACCCCAACCCCGGAUUUCUUGAAGGCUGACCAGUCCAUAACCCCUAUGCACUCAAUUCUCAUCAUUUGUCCUUGGACUUUCAGCAGGGAGGCCACCACUAAGCACAUUGAGUUAACAUUACCCAAGGAUGUGCCUCAUCGGAUCACCGCUCUGGGUACCGUCGAGGAAGCUUGGAAACUGAUAGGUCGAUUAGAGGCCGUUACUUUCACAUACAUCGUCCUCAACUUACCUUCCGCCGAAGAGGUUACCAACAUGGUUGACCAGGUGACGUCUUCUUCAGGUGGGAAGACCUCAGUCCUAGUUCUGUCCGACUCUGUACAACGCCAGGCUGUUCUCAAGCUUACUUCAGAUAACGAUCACCUCAAGCUUCUAGCACAGAAGCUGGUCACCUUCAUCUGCAAGCCAGUGAAGCCUUCACGCUUUGCUGCUGUUUUCGAUCCCGCGAAACUGCGUGAUCUUAGCAUCGACCGGAACCGCUUAACUGCUGCCCAGAUGGUGGAGUUCCAAAAGCAGAGCUAUAUCGAUCUCGAAAAGCGUAUUGGAAACAAAGGCUACAAGGUGCUGCUUGUCGAGGAUAACCCUAUCAACCAAAAGGUCUUGGUCAGAUAUUUGAAGAAAGUUGGCAUCGUUGCAGAGAUAGCCAACGAUGGUGUGGAGUGUACCGAAAAGGUGUUCUCACACCGGCCUGGUUUCUACUCGCUUGUAUUCUGUGAUCUCCAUAUGCCUCGCAAGGAUGGCUAUCAAGCUUGUCGAGAUAUCCGGCAAUGGGAGAAAAAAAACAAGUACAGCAGACUGCCGAUAAUAGCCUUGACGGCCGACGUCAUGUCAGACGUCCAAGAGAAAUGUCUCCAGGCCGACUUCAGUGACUAUGUCACGAAACCGUUCGAUUUCACCGACUUGAGCACCGCCACGUCGAAGUUCAUCUAA